AUGGUAUUUUUGUUUUUCUGCUAUAGAUAUUUCACCAACAUAAACCGACUUCAAUACCCUUCCGAGGUUAUGCAGCAUACACUAACGUUUCAAAAGAGCUUUGAUAAUGCUUUUCAUGGAAAGAAUUGUUCAGACACUCUGUGUGUUCUGCCACAAUGCGUGAACUUUAAGCUGCAAACUAGGCAUAUCAAUACACUUCAAAAAGACAAACAAAGAAAUUGCACCAGCAGGGACAUGGCUCCUUCGGACGUAGCUGUGAACAUCCGAAAGAAUAAUGAUGGAGACAAGCUGAUGUCCCUGAAUCAAGCCAUUCUGGACCACGAUGCAGAAAAACAGCUGCUAGAUGACAUUCAGGAGUUUGAGAGGAUCCUUGAGGGACAGAUGGCUGACUUUGGACCUCAUCCUGGUUUUAACCGAGAUUUUUAUAAGAUUGAUCAGCAGAACUCUUCGCCAUCUUACACCGCUCGAGAGGAUUGUCAGGUUUCCACACAGACACACCCGCUGCCCUCUUACUCUUCAAAAGACGAUGUUCAGUUUCUUCGACAGAUACCAGCCGAGGAGGCAAGAAAACACCAACGAGAGCCCCCUGAGUACGACACCUUAUUUGAUAGGGGAGGUGCUACUCUCAAAGAGCCCUCUAAUCCCAAAAUGAUACAUAGUACAGAAUCUAAUCAAGACCCUAUCUUUCUUAAUUAUUAUGAACAGUUUACGUCAACAGAUGAAUCUGCUCACCGGCCUAUGAAAGAAUCCCAAGGAAGGAGUACUGCCAAACGGACUCGGACAGAUCCCGAGACGAUUACCUUGCCCGUAUCAACUACUAACGUGGAAAAGACUGCCUGCCACAUCCUGGGCACAACAGAACAACUUACUUGUAUGCAGCGCAAACCAUCCCAAAGGGUAUUUGGAAUCCUUUCGCAGAUAUUACAUAUGUUUGAAAAACCCAGGUCAGCAGAAGUUGAAGCAAUUUUCGUUCACGUCCUUCAAAAGGCACUCAGAGACAUACAAAGUGCAGUCAAGCGGGAUAGCAUUAAGUUUGUCUACUUUAGACCUAGAACCAGCUUUUAAUUACUAAAAAGUUCUAUAUUGAUUGGGUUAUGUACAUUGAAUCAACGCAGUUUGACUUGCAUCUUUAACGAUGGCUUUAGACACUUGGCCCAUAUUUCAGUGUUUUUCUCGAUCAGUUGCUUGUCACAGGAUCAUGGUCUCAAUUUAAGGGUAAUACCCUUUUAUCUUGGUCAGGAAAACACAAUUUUAUUAAUUGAUUGACUCACUUUGAUCGGUGAGGGGGGGGGAGCUCAAGGAAGAGUAGGAAUGACUGUAACCCCCUCCCUCAAACAAAAAUUUUAGGGGGCAAGGAAAAGCCCCCGCAAAAGUUUCUAAGCAGGAAUUGCUGAACGUAUUAAAUUUGUUAUAUAUCACAGGCUGCCAAUGCUGGUUGAAAACGAAGAUCUUUUGUUUGCUUCAAAUAAAGCUUUAUCGUCCGUCAGGUUAGGUUUACGUAGUGACAAUGUGGAAAUGAUCUAGGCUUUAGAGACCAGUGUUGUUCUUCCUCAUUUAGAUUUUUUAUUCUAGGUUUUUCGACUGUAGCAGGUCGAUUUUAGCUGUGUACAGUACCUGGAAGAUUUUUUUCUGUCGGUGAGGACCUUAGCGCCAACGGACUUAACAAUUUUUAAUCGGGAAUUAACGAUCCUUUUAUUUCAUUCAUUAAUAAAGUUGACUUUUCUCGUCAGUAAAGGGCUAUUGUGUUUAUAUGAUAAACAAAAUUAUACAUGGUUGCUUUUAGAUAUGAAAUUUCUCUUCUCGUGUUCAACUCGACAACUCGACAACCCGAGUUGAACACUCGAAGAGAAAUUUCAUAUCUACAAGCACCCAUGUAUUAUUUUCUAUUUAUCAUAGAAGUGAUCUACGUGACAUCUAUACGUCGAACUAACUCAGCCAAAACAUAUUCCCCUUCCUUUAAGUUAUGUAACGUAUUUAGAAAAAUAAUUGAAUAACAAUUGAACAAUAAAGUUCCAA